GUGACGCUGCUCACCGACGACGCGCUGGAGGAGGUGCGGGAGCUGGAGAAGAUGCUCGUGGCCUACCAGGCCGCGCUCUUCCAGGGGCACCUCUUCGUCCAGUCCUGCAGAGCACUGGACUUCUGUUCGGCCUUCGGCGCCAAGGAGACGGACUUCGAGUUCUUCGAGGAGUCUUCCAUGAUCGUGGAGGAUGCUGGGCGGGGGGAGACCGGAUCGCUGGUCCUGGUGGCUCGGGAGACGGAGACCGGUGAAGUGGUGGGCUACUGUCGGGCAGAGAAGAGCGACGGGGAGCUGGUCAUUCGCCACCUCCAGGUGCGCACCGACCAGCAAGGGCAAGGUGUGGCAAAGCUGUUGCUUCAGGCUGCGGAAACGCAG